GUGGUUUCGUUUCAUCCUGCUGUUCAUGUCCAGGUUUAGGUUUUGUUUUCCGUUGCUCACAGCAGAGUUUAAGUUUCAUGUCUGAGUCCUAGAGAUCAGCAGUCGGUCGUGCAGAGGCACUGUGACAACAUGUUUUCAUGGGGAGAGGACAGUCAGCGGGGCUUCCGUCUAAAACAUGGCUCAUGUAUCAACAGUCCGGCAACAGCUGAUGGUCGGCAUGUGAACCUCGGCUAUCACGUCACAGAUCUGUCUGCAGCUCACAACGUGCUCGCUUUCGUCAAAAGCAAUGGCAACUCGUUCAUCAUUCGCACAAAUGAGAGCAAAGAUGGGACAAGAGUCAGAGGAAAACAGAAGUUUGUGAAGUGUAAGGAGAAGAUCAAGGCAGUGAGUUGUGGUGAUGAUAUGGUCACACUGCUGUCUGAGAGAGGACAAGUUCUCUGUGUGGACACGACUCUCAUUCCAAGGCCCCUGAAAGCUUUGUGUAACAUAGCAGUUUCUCAGGUUGCUUGUGGGAGCCAGCAUUCAGUCGCCCUGACCACAGAUGGUCAGGUGUAUACAUGGGGCCAGGGCUCCAGGGGCCAGCUGGGUCUGGGGAAGUGUAAGCCCAACAUCGAUUCUCCCCAACACCUCCGAUCUCUGUCAGCGAUCCCCCUGGUCCAGGUGGCUGCAGGGGGAGAGCAGAGCUUCGCCCUCUCUGUCUCCGGAGCUGUGUUCGGCUGGGGCAGAAAUGAGUGUGGACAGCUCGGGCUGGGAGACACAACAGACAGGCGUACACCAACUCUUGUUCAUUGUCUGAACAUGAAGAAAACUGUUCACAUUUCCUGUGGAAAGGACCACACUGCAGUGUUGACAAAGGAUAGUGCAGUGUUUACAUUUGGUUCUGGUAAAUACGGACAGCUUGGGCACAACUCAUUCAGCGAUGAACUACGACCUCGGCUUGUUGCAGAGCUCUGGGGGGCAAAGGUCAUCAAGACUGCUUGUGGACGCCAUCACACAUUAGUGUUGACCGACUCCAAGAGGGUCUACUCCUUUGGGUGUGGAGAGCAGGGGCAGCUGGGACAUGGAGAGGAGAGUCAUCCGUCAGUGCCGCUACCUGUUCAACUGCCACAGGACCCCACUGAUGAUCCAAAGAUUAGAAACAUCUUUGCAGGAGGAAACUGUACGUUUGCAACGUGCCCGUCUGAUGAGGACGUUCAUGAGGGGGCAAACACUGACACUGUCAACAAAGUAACAAAGUCCCUUGAUGACAUGAUUGACAAAUGGACGGCUGAAUGUGACUCAAAGUCAUGGAAAAAGAUAAAACUGGAAAUUCACAGGAUGUUUUCCUCUGCAUCCUGUGUGAAUACAAGCUUCCUUGAGCAAAGCAAUGAUAAACAUUUCCAGACUUCAACAAAGUACUCUGGCCUGAACUUGUCAUUUGCGCGACAUGCUUUCAAAAAACUGGUACAAAAGGACAAUGUUUUUGCAGAGGUUGAGGCUGCUGUCCUGCACUUGGUACCCUCCCUUGAUGAGAAGCCAGUGGGAGUGGAGGGGUUGAGGAUCUUUCUGCUUCUUAAUGAGCUUCUGCAUGCGAUCCAGACACACAAACAGGAACGAACAAGCAUAAAGCUCGCUGAGGCGGUCGCUGCUGCUGUUAUAAACUUGUCUGCUGACAGCCUCCAGGUCAUAGCGGACUGGUGGGCCUCACAGCCAUCCUCCACCAUGGUGAAACAUGUCAAGGUGUGGAAGCAGGCCCUCUCAGUGAUCCUGUCCUAUCAGCCUGUUCCUCGCAACUCAGGAGUCAGAAACCUGCUGCGAGUCCUCCAGUAUAUGUACAACGCCAACAGCAGGACUGCAGAACCUCAACGGAUGCCAGAAAGCGAUUUCUAUUUGUUGAUUGACAAAGACUUUCUUAUUGAGGAUCUGCAUCUUUGGCGUUUACGGUCACAAUACAAGAAUGUGCAUCAUCAGCCACUUAUCCUUUGUAGCUUUCCAGCUGUGAUGGAUCUGGAGUCAAAGAAAUUUGUUUUUGACUUGAAUGCUAAUUGCACCAAGUUGGAAGCAGUGGAUUUCUUUUGGGAAUUUGAUGUCCAGUUUUUUGAAGUAGAAGUGAAGCGAGCAUCGGUUUUGAAAGACGCCUUUGAACAUCUGGCUUCUGCUGAUCACAGUGACUACAAGUAUCCACUCAUGGUUGAUUUUGAUGAAACCUACACCGUGAACGACGAUAUCAGCUUAUCAAGGAAAGACUUUUUUUACGAAGUGUUUCACGAGAUGGUGUCAGCUGAAACUGGGAUGUUCAUAUACAAUGACUCCGAAACACUGGCAUGGUUCCCAUCCAGAGCAACCCAGGAGGACCAGAGGUACUUCCACUUUGGGGUUCUGUGUGGAUUGGCUUUGUACAACCAGUGCAUCAUACACUUACCCUUCCCACUGGCUCUGUUCAAGAAGCUGCUCGGUGCAAAGCCUUCACUGGAGGAUAUGAUGGAAUUCAGCCCAAGUCUCGGAAAGCGUCUGCAGAACAUCCUGGACUACACAGAUGAUGUCAUAGAAAUUCUCUACAUGGAUUUUUCAAUCAACUGGGAUGGGACAGAUGUUGAACUUGAUCCUGAAAAUCCUGGAAAGCCAAUGACAGGUCAAAAUAAGAAGCAGUUUGUGGAUGCCUACGUGAGUCAUGCCUUCAACAAAUCAGUGGAGGGUGUGUUUCAGGAGUUCAAGCGGGGCUUCUUCCAGGUGUGUGACCAGGAUCUGGUGAAGCUCUUCCAACCAAAGGAGCUGCAGGAAGUGCUGGUGGGCAAAAGCUUCCAUGACUGGGCAAAGCUGAAACAGGCCACAGGUUAUGAGGGGGAGUACAAUACCACCCCACCACACCCCACCAUACAGAUGUUUUGGGAGGUUUUUGAUGAUCUAACUGAGGAUCAGAAGAAAGCUUUCCUUUGGUUUGUGACUGGAUUUGAAAGGGUCCCUAUUCUAGACAUGGAAAAGAUCAAGAUGACAGUCACAGUUCAAAAUGUCCCGGACGGCUCCUACGACCAGUACCACCCUGAGACACAUACAUGUUUCUCAGUCCUGGAGCUGCCCUUAUACUCAACCAAGGAGAUCAUGCACACCAGGCUGACCGAGGUUCUGAGCAGCAAUAAAAGAAUCUUCAAGUGAUGUUGGGACACUGCUGUCUCUGUUCUGAACAGAGGACAACACAUUGUAACAGAGCACUUUAUAAAUGGCUGACUAAGGAGUAGCCUUUGUAGCUACUGCUAGUGUACCUGUGUAUUAGCAAACAAAUUAUUUUUGAUUAUGAUGAUGUGUGUGGUGGGUGUAUAUCAAAAUCCUCAUAGUAAAAACAGUGAUAUAGUGUCACUGUGUGUGUGUGUGUGUGUGUGUGUGUGUGUGUGUGUGUGUGUGUGUGU